UUUUUGCAUCAGGCCAGCAGCUCUUACUCUUUCUGCCUUCCUUUCUCGGAGGAUUCCGUAUCUUUUCACACUUCACUUCUUGAAUCCAUGUACUGCUGACUCCAUUUCAACAAUUUUGAUUCUGCUGACAAAUCUGCCUUUCUUAUCACGCGUGGCUUAAGGCCUUCACAACAUUUUCUCACAAGUAGUUUUCACAAUUUUUGCGAAGUCAGAAGGAAGUUUAUUUGGUUGAGCUGAAAAAAAAAAAAGAGAGUCUGCACCCUGAAAGCGUUGUGUAGCCUACAAAUUCUUAACACUAUCGGGGAAUUGUCCCUCGCCGCAGUUUCGACCCGUGCCUAUCGCCGCCGAUAUACAAACAGCGACAAUCACGACAUGACGCGGCCGGGGGCUCAGGCGCCAGCAGCCAGGGCUGCAGAGUAGCUCCGGGGCAGCCCGCGGCUUCGCGAGCACUCCCGUCCCGGAGGCUGCGCCCACGCACGCCUUUGGAAAAGGCACGGCAGCACCACCGCCGCCGCGGGCCGCCGUCCGAGGCAGCGCCGAGGGCAAGGAGAAAGCGCCGCCGCGGCGCCGUGAAGUGCGGAGCGAAUCGCGUUGUCCGUAUUCCCGCUCGCUUGUUUGUGUGUUUGUUAGUUUGUUUGUGUGUUUGUUAGUUUGUUUGUGUGUUUGGUGCCCGCGGUACUCGCUUUAUUUCCUUCCGGUGCACUCGCCGGCACGGCACGCCGCCCCAGCCCGGCGUGCCCCCGUGCGCAGGCGCGGCUGGCGGCGGCGAUGGGUGGGCGGGUGACCCGCGUGUUCCGGAAUUUCAACGUGGAGAACCGGGCCCGCCGCGAGAUCAGCAAGGAGAAGCCCACGCCCGCGCCGCGGCACCGCACCGCCCGGCUGGACACCAUGGCCGAUAGCCCAGAGAUAAAAGAAGAAGUUCUCAGAAAGGACGAUAGGCUCCUCACCUUGCUCAAAGAUGUUUAUGUCGAGUCCAGAGAUCCACCGGUGCGGGUAAAAGAUGGAGGUGGUGAACAUCUUCCAAGUAAACAGGAGGAAAAGAGACUUACAAAAUUAGGCCACUUGGAAGGUCUAGAUGUUAAGAAAGUUCCCAAAGGCAAAAUUUCCCUUGUGGAGGCUCUGACACUUCUUAAUAAUCAUAAACUUCAACCUCAAAUAUGGACUGCAGAGAAAAUAGCAGCAGAAUACAGUCUGGAACUGAAGGAGGUCAACUCUCUUCUGGAAUUCUUCAUUCCUUUUGCUGUGCAGGAAUUUCCUAAAGAAACCAAAAAAGCCAUAACAAGCCAUAAACCAAAACAGUUAACAUAAAAAUAUUUGCCAAAACCUUUUGUGAUCUCACUUGUGUCUUCAUUUUACUCUCAAGUAUAUUCCAUGUCUGGAAAUUCAGUCAGUAAUGUGUCAUCCAGCAAGGCUACUUCCUUAUGCCAGUGAGAUGUAUUCAACCAAUUCCAUUCUACAUUGGAUGGCUGCAUUGAAAUGCAGCAACUACAGUUUGUAAAUCAGAAUAUGACUAAUUUGUGGUAUCACAGCAUGUCACACAGCUUUGACUACCCCAUUCAAAUGUUAUGAGUUGAAUUAAAGCAUUUUACCUUAAAAGAUUGCCUUUCUCAGCAGAGACUUCCUGGUGUGCAGAUAAAGAGAUGCUCUGUGGAUGCUGGCUCUGUAAUUUCAUGUUGUACUGUUCUUUCAAGGACUUGCUGUCAAGGUGUGUGUAUGUAACAAACAACUAUUUCUUUUGUAUAAGAAUGGAGUGGUAUUUAUACUUUGUAAAGAAGGUUAACCACAAGGGCAUUUGGAAAAUUCAGCUGUGUCAAACACAAAAUAAAAAGAAGGUGAAGCAAGAAAGCCUUUAUCUAGUGCUGGAACAGUAAUGGCUCAUAUGUAACUCCUCUAUUCUGAUUUAGGUUAAAUACCUGCACCUCUCCAGGUGCUGCUAGGGAAUUUGUAGAGUGAUAAUCUGGCGUAAGUCUCUUGCAGCAGCCUGUGGCAUCUGCUGUAUGAGGAACAAUGCUUCAUAUUAAUAGGUAGCAAGGACAUGUAACUGGGUGUACCAAUUGGACCCACUACUAGGACUUCUGUGAAUGUUUGCCCAUCCUGUUACAACAGUCCUUUUCCCCUGUGGUAGCCUUGUCUGAUCCCAGUGUGGGCCAGAUCAGGUCAUGUUUACUCACAGCACACAUCUACACAGAUGACACAAGAGUGACACAAACUGUGAGGUAGGGGUAGAUUUUAACCCUGAUACUGUGACUGUUCCUGUCUGUGUAGGGAAGAAGUUUUGCACUGAUGGUUAAUCCUGUAGCGAAACAUGGUCAGAUAAGAUGGGGAGAUGGGGCAGCAGAUAAUCAGAAUUGAUAUUUAAAAAUGCAUUAUGAUUACCUUCUUUUAAAAAACAAACCCAGAAUCUUUCAUUUUAUGCCUGUCACCAAAGACAGUGAAAUUAAAGGCUAUAAGUCAGUGCCAGGCAUACAAUGUAACUUUCUUUUCAAGAACCUUUCUGCCAAGUCUUUGAUUUGGAGUCUGGUAAAUGUCCAAGAAGAUGAUCAGCUUUUUUAUUUCACAGCAAGAUUCCUUCACCUUCUUUGAGUUGGAACACGGUAUCUCCAGUACAGUUUGCCACAGUGUAUUUGAAGGUUUUGUUUGAUUAAUUUCUGAAGUUCAUAACGCUGUACGAUAGUGGAAGAUGACACUAUGUGCAUUGUAUAAAAAUUCAAAAUUGUUA